UCGAAAUUCUUCGAGGUCAACGUCAAGGUCUCGGAGAAGAUGCAGAGCGGUGCGCAGGAGAAGGCGGCGAUGAUGGGUUGAAAGCGGCACGACGUCGAGAUGGUCCGGAUUUGUUUUCUGAUGUGAUUAUGAUGAUCUUGCCCUGGCGAUGGGGAGGGAGGAUGGGAAGGGAGGAGAUUGCUGAUGGAGAGGUCCAUGAUGGACUUUCGAUGGCCUUUUCAACGCGGCGGUAGAGUACCCUCUUUGGACGAGGCGAAGAUGGCUUGAGAAAGACGCUCGACGGGAGGGAGGAGAGAGGAUGUGUAUAUUUCGCAUGUACAUUAUGGGUGUCGGAGGUAGGAGACUCUUUUCAAAAUUCGAGACAAUGGGUGACUACCGCAUCUGGAAUUCUAGGCUGGUCGAGUAUCUAGGCAUACCUGUGGUGAUGUCCUCACGUCGGCAAAUCGCCCAGUCCCAUCCCGCUCGUCGUCGUCUCUCUUCACAGCUACGAAAAGAUACACAAGCUGACCAUACAUGGACGGAGGACACUUCACCAGUGUGCCCUCUGCUCUCUGCAUCAUUCAUCCAUCGACACCUCGCACCUUCAAACCAAAAGUGUCCCAAGCAGACCUUCUCUCCGCUCCGCUCACGCUCCAUGACCAGAUCUGUCUUCCUUCCCAGCACACACACACACACGCACGCACGCAAGGGCAACAAUAGCCAAAUCCCCCCAAACCUCCACGGAACCUCGGAAAAAGAAGGAAGAACAAACAAAGCCCAGUCGCGAAAUCCCACCCGAAGCAUCAAUCACAAAAGCAACCGCAACGACGCCUUCGUCCGCUGGCAGGCGGGCAGGCGGGCGGGCAGGCAGGCAGGCAGGCAGGACCAUGGUCCGGGUCGCGGAUGAUCUCGGCGGACGGGCGGCCGGGUGCAUUUUUCCCGCCCGAUUGGAUUGGAUUGGAUUCAAUUGAGUUCACAUGGGGAUUUCCGCGGUCUGCUUCUGGCGUUGGGGAUCUCCCAUUGUCGAAUUUCGGAGGAAGACGAACAGGAAAUGGAAAAAAAACGGGUCGAUGAUCGGUCCCUACCUGAGGUCUAGUAUCGGUUCUCGAUGGGAUUGGGAUU